CCUCGGCCCGCCACGACCCGGAGCCGCAGCGGGGGGAGAACCUUUGCACCGACCGACGCGGAGCCGACGCCAACGACACCAAACAUGUCCGACUUCGAGGAGUUUGAGAAGCAGCUGAGCGAGAAUCGCCAAGAGCGAGAAAGAGAGAGGCACAAAAAGCGAAGUCGCAGCGGAUCAGCCGGUCGAGGCGACAAGCAUCGCAGCUGGAGCAAAGACCGGAGCAGCCGGAGCCGGGACCGGAGGAGCCGGGACCGCCGGAGCUCCUCCCGGGAACACAAGAAGCACAGUCAGUCUCCGAGACGAGCGAGGAAGAAACGUCCCUGCAGGUACUGGGAUGUCCCUCCGCCGGGAUUCGAGCACAUCACGCCCCUGCAGUACAAAGCUAUGCAAGCCGCCGGCCAGAUACCAACGAUAGCUCUGCUGGCGACGUCCACCAUGAGCGGCGUGGCGGCGGCGCCGACCCCGGUGCCGGUGGUGGGCAGCCAGAUGACGCGGCAGGCACGGCGUCUCUACGUGGGAAACAUCCCCUUCGGGGUGACCGAGGAGUCCAUGGCCGAGUUCUUCAACGCUCAGAUGCGUCUGGCCGGCCUCUCCCAGGCGCCGAGCAACCCCGUCCUCGCCGUGCAGAUCAACCAGGACAAGAACUUCGCCUUCCUGGAGUUCCGGUCGGUGGACGAGACGACGCAGGCCAUGGCCUUCGACGGCAUCAUCUUCCAGGGUCAGUCCCUGAAGAUCCGCCGGCCCCACGACUACCGGCCGCUGCCGGGCAUCUCGGAGCAGCCGGCCUUCCACGUGCCGGGCGUCGUGUCCACCGUCGUCCCCGACUCCCCCCACAAGCUCUUCAUCGGGGGUCUGCCCAACUACCUGAACGACGACCAGGUAAAGGAGCUGCUGACGUCGUUCGGGCCGCUCAAGGCCUUCAACCUGGUCAAGGACAGCGCCACGUCGCUGUCCAAGGGCUACGCCUUCUGUGAAUACGUGGACGUCAGCGCCACCGAUCAGGCCGUCGCAGGACUCAACGGGAUGCAGCUGGGAGACAAGAAGCUGAUCGUGCAGCGGGCGAGUGUGGGAGCUAAGAACGCUAAUCCUACCUCCGGCUCCGAGGCCCCCGUCACCCUGCAGGUGCCCGGCCUGCAGCGGCUGCAGACGUCGGGCCUCCCCACCGAGGUGCUCUGCCUGCUCAACAUGGUGAUGCCGGAGGAGCUGGUGGACGACGACGACUACGAGGAGAUCCUGGAGGACAUCCGGGAGGAGUGCUGCAAGUACGGCAGCGUGCGCUCCAUCGAGAUCCCCCGACCCGUGGACGGCGUGGACGUCCCCGGCUGUGGGAAGAUCUUCGUGGAGUACGUUUCCGCGGCCGACUGUCAGAAAGCCAUGCAGGCGCUGACCGGCCGCAAGUUCGCCAACCGGGUAGUGGUGACCAAGUACUACGACCCGGACCUGUACCACCGACACGAGUUCUGACGCCACCAAGUACUACGACCCGGACCUGUACCACCGACACGAGUUCUGACGCCACCAAGUACUACGACCCGGACCUGUACCACAGACACGAGUUCUGACGCCACCAAGUA